AUUGGCUCAACAGUGCUGCAGCCCGCCCUCCUCCUUCCCACGUCCCCUCCCCGCCAGCUUCGCUCCCUCUCUCCCGUGGCAUCGGGUCGUCAGCCUGGGAGAGCCAGCCUUGGGGGGACAACCGUGGGAAAAGGGGGGGGGGGCACGCCUCCCCUUUCUCCCCCCCUUCUCCGGAACACAGAGCCAGUAACUCCUGGAGAAAGUUGCACGGGCUCACGGGGAGCGUCUCCCAACUUUUCGGCCGGAGGACGGGAAAAAAAAAUAAUAACCCUGGUUCGGAAGAGGUGACCGCCGAGGGGACCGAGGUGCUUGCCUUGCCAGCCCACCCCAAACUCCUGUCACCCACUGCCCCAUCUGUGACCGGCUCCCACUCAUCCAGAGGCAGCAGAAGACGGUGGAUUAACUCCUAAGCCUGCAGCCAGACGCAGCUUCCAGUGACCUCCGCAGCACCAGAGGUGACCCCAGACACCCCCGGGGGACACCUCCACACUGCCACCAUCCUUACCACAGGAGAUGUACCCACUGUGGGUGAUCUAAUGAGUACAACAUAGUGCAGCAAAGCAGGGGGACAGGCUGAAAGCCACCUGCUGAAAGCCAAGGUGACAUGAGCCAUUCCCCCAGGAGCAUUGGAGCAGGAGCAAUGGGGAGGCUGGGGAUGUGACAGGCCAUCCCAGUGCUGGAAGCCCGGUGAGGGCUGGUUUUUAGGGCUUUUUCAAAGGCAGGGGCAAGGUGAGGGGUGCAACAUGAGCCUGGGGAAGCUGCCGGUGCUCAGCUGGGUGUCGGGGUCCCAUGGCAAGCGGCGGCUGAAGUCAGAGCUGACGCCAGACAUGAUCAGCCCACCGCUGGGGGACUUUCGGCACACUAUGCAUGUGGGACGUGGCGGAGAUGUCUUUGGGGACACCUCUUUCCUCAGCAACCAUGGUGGGACUGACACAGCCAAAGCUAACAACUUCUUCACCCGGACACUGCGGCACGUCCGCCGGACACCGCUGAGGAGCCGGGGCAGUAGGGGACAAGCAGGAGCAUCACCCGCCCCCCCAGCUGUCUCGCCGAUCAUCAAGAAUGCCAUCUCACUCCCACAGCUCAACGAGGGGAUGUAUGACGGCAAUGGUGGCCGGGGCUUGACCAGCAAGUUCUCCUUCAAAAGCGCCUCCAACAGCUUCUCCAAAACGCACCAGGCCUAUGGGCUGGAGUCCGGGUUUUGCACCAUCCCUCGUGUCCCUCGCGUGGAAAAGGCCCAAGAAAGCCCCUUCCCUGGGGAAGCAGAGCUAAAGCGCUCGGACUCCCUGCUCUCCUUCCGCCUGGACCUGGGGCCCUCCCUGAUGAGCGAGCUCCUCCAGGUGAUGAGCUUCACUGAAACCAAUGGGAGCGAGGUGGGGGAGGAUGGCCCAGACCUCCCGAGUGGUGAGGGGACCAAGGACGGGGUCCCUCCAGCAUCGGAUGCAUCCCAUGGAGAGGACACAGCAAUGUCCAGUUUCUGGGACUGCUCUGGGCAGAGCAGCCUGUCGGGGGCCAGCUCACUGCCAGGACUGUCAGUCCGUGCCAACGGAGAGGCACAUGCCAUUGAGGGUGCUGGAGAGGACCCUGCCUGGGCUUCGGGGCUGGGGGCAGCACCCAGGGGGAUGCCAUGGCGGGGGCACUGGAAUGACUGCACCAUCGAGGCGGGAGAGUUUGACCGGGCAGCCCAGGUCCUGGCCCGCCAUUACGGUGGGACCAGCACCCCACGGAGCUCAGAGAAGGGUGAGGGUCCCCAGCAGGCCCGGACGCAGACCAUGUGGGAGAGCCCCAGCAGCAGCUCAUGGCGGUCGCAAGUGACAGGGGAGAGCCAGUCCCCUGAGGCCACCUGGAACCAAGGAGAGGAGGAGGAGGAGGAGGAGGGAGAGGAGGAGGAGGAGGCCAAGCUGUCCAGCCUGCAGGAGGGGUAUGCUGGUGCCCGGGGGAGACACAGCAAUUCCUUCGAGUAUGCAAAUGAGGAGGAGGAGGAUGAUGAAGUCAAGGUGUGAAUGGCCAUUCCUCCCAUCAUGGCCCCCCACCAGAGGCACCGGUGUCAGGGUCUUCACCCUCCUCCCCAUCUCCCACCCUCAGGUGCCAGCAUUACUGGCAGACCCAGUGGGCAACCUCCUUGCCAAGCCGGGGCACUGGGGGGCAGCAGGGGCAGGAGGAGAGUCCAUCUCCUGGGGGGCUCCCCGAGACUGGGCCAGCUUGCUGAGGGGGGCUGGUGAGGGCUGUGCAUCACAGCGCUGGGCACCUCAGCCCUUCCCCAGCCUUACUGCUGUUAGAUGCCAAAGGGCCAUUCCCAUGUACCAAAGAAACUCCAAACCUCUUCCCAACCCAUCCCGUUCCUCCUGGCAUCCUCUCUCCCAUCCCUCAGCCUGGCCCUGCUGGCAUGUCUAGGGAUGUGCCCCAGCUACCCUCUGCACUGGCAUGGGUGCCCUGCCAGAGAUAUUCCUACUGAUAGCUCUGGGAUGUAGGGGGACUGGGGUCUCCCCAGCUCCAGCUGAUGUGAGACCCUCCUGAAUAGCACAUAUAUCUACCAGGAGAGGUCAGCUGUGGGCUCAUGGGGCAGGCAAGCUUACAGAGCUGGGCUUUCUUUUUUUUCUCAAGAAAAAAAGAAAAACAAAAAACCCAAAAGCCAUGAGCUCAGCACUAAGGAGGUGAGAGCAGACACAGAGAUAAUUGCAGAAGUCUUUCCACUUGCCUUGUGCUGCUGAGCAUCACUUAGGACAUCUUUUCUGACCCACAUCCCACUGCAGUAGGGAGGGAAGAAAUUUCUUGGCUGGCUGGAGGCAGAGGCAGGGUUGUCAGGGCACUAAAGUGUGCAGCUUGGGCCCUAAAAAUCCCUUCCCCUUGCCUUGGAAUAAGGAGACUCCCUCUGCAUCCACUCAGUCUGUGCCACCUCUUCCCCAUUCUUGCCCUCUUUCCCCAUCCCACACACACGUACCCCUCUUUCCAGUGUGCCCCUUCCCAGGGGUAUGCAUGGAGGACAGAUAAUGCCCCUCACCAAGUGGCCCCAAGUGACAUGGCCGCCCUGGAACAAGCUGCCCCCUACGCUGCCCUGCGUGCAAACAGGCCCUCACAGAAGCGCCUUUGUGCUGUGGCGUGGAGCCGAGAUGCUCGGGGGCUGAGGUCACAGGAGAGACCCUCACAGGACCCCCCUUGUUCUCCAGGACAGGAGGGGGUGUGCAGUGGGGGGAGAUUCUGGACCAUGGCUGCAGGGCUCCGCUCCCACACGGCUCACCCGCCGCCUGGCUGCUUCUGGCACAGAGCUCUUCUGAGCAGAAUAAAGAAGCUCUGGCGUGCAUGCAUGUUGUACGUGGGAGUGCCACUCGCAGUCAGGCCAUCGAAGUUAUGGGUAAGCUGAUCUCCCCAGCCUCCCCAGGCAGCUGCCUCGCACCAGCCAGCAGCAGCAAGCCGGGGCAGGCAGCAGCUUCAAGGUGUCCCCACCUCUGGCCACUAGCACCCAGCAGGAUCAGCCUUCACCACUCCUGCUCCCUCUGGGAUGGGGACCCUGGCUCUCAGGAUGAGGUCCCCCUGUCCUCCGCUUCCCAGACCAUAACACAAGCUCCAGACCAAAGACCCACAUCCAUGGAAUAUCCUUUCUGCCUCCACUCUGUAUCCCAUGCACUUAUUAUUGCCCUUAUUAAAGCAGUUUUGAUACUAA